GAAAAGAGUAGAACAGGUCCAUGUGAAGGCGGCGCUGACCAGCUGCGAUCAAGAUGUCGGUGAUUUAAGUGACACGACGCCCGUGUUCUCCAUAUAUAUUCUCGCAAAAUAGUUUGUAGGCGUGUCUGGUAGCUGUCAGCACAGGCUCUGUUGAAGAAUUACUUGAUUGUGUAGAGUACAACAGAGGCAGAGAUGCUUUGAUGACAUGUCACUGUUCCGGCCGUAGCCCUCUGGCAUCACAAGGCUGGCUCUCAUCGUCGUGCGUAUUUGUCACCGAGUCGAUGCACCUCCAGAGACGAAGUCCAGAGACCGGGGUGUCGUGCGAACUCGACACCAAACCUAACCUCUCCUCCCUUCCACGUGUACCCCUUUGUGCCUCCCCUCGAGUGGCUCUCGAGCCAGCCUUGGAAAAACGUGACACUAAGAACACAGGCUGGCACAGGUGUCAGGGACUUAGUCUCAGAGCAGUGAUAAGCAACAGAUAUUUUUGUCAUUUCACAGUUGCAUGUGAGGAAUGCAAAGAGAAGCUUGGUGCGAAUUGUGUUGUAGCACGAGGGCGAUUGUUCAUAGAUGUAAAUCCAGAACAAGUUGCUGAGGUACUGAAGCUUAGAAGUAUUGACAAUGUGAAUAUUGUUCUCAGUAUGGUGAAGAACUUCAGUUUUCCAUCAGAAAGGGAAAAAUGCUUUGAGCAACUGUACAUGCUAGCAGAGAAGCCUGACUGGAAGAAAGGUAUGGAAGUUUGGAGGAGGACUCUUGGCUAUGAAGAGGAGCCAAUUAAGGAAGAGAAGCUAUUGAAGGGGGAUUUCUGUCAGCCGAGGCCAGAUGUUGACCUGAAGAUGAUAAAGUCAACAUCCCAAAUAGUAAAUAAUAUUCCAAGAGCGCUUCUGCCCAAACACCUAAAGCUUGAUGAUGAAGGUUUAGCAAAGGAAGAUGACGUUCAACUGUCUGAGGACAAGGACAGUGUUGAAGUGAAUAAUGAGGUUUCUCAUACACGUGAUUCCUGUUUGUCAGGACCAAAGUUCAGAGUAUCAUGCAACAGGACUGGCACAGGUCACAUCUUUGGAUCUCCUGAAGCUGCAAGGCAGUUUGGUGCUGGAAUCAAUGAGAAAUUUAACUGGCCAGUUGACCUGAAGAAUUUUGAUUUGGAGGUUAUCCUAUACAUAGAUAAUGAAUUUGUGUACGUUGCAUUAGCACUUACAAGAGAGGCUCUGUUCAAGAGAAAUUUAACCAACUUUGGACGAACAAAUCUGCGUGCGACAUUGUGUUACAAUAUGGUGCGCUUGGCUGCCCCAAAACCCGGUGAGGUGGUGAUAGACCCCAUGUGUGGCGGAGCAACAAUUCCAAUGGAGGUGAGAAAUGGACUCCUUCACAUGCUUAUAUAG